AUGCCGGUCAUGAAGGGGUUGCUGGCCCCGCAAAACACCUUUCUGGACACCAUCGCCACCCGCUUCGACGGCACGCACAGCAACUUCCUGCUGGCCAACGCACAGGGCCCACGGGGCUUUCCCAUUGUCUACUGCUCUGACGGAUUCUGCGAGCUCACAGGCUACGGCCGCACUGAGGUCAUGCAGAAAACCUGCAGCUGCCGUUUCCUCUAUGGUCCAGAGACCAGUGAGCCAGCCCUGCAGAGGCUGCACAAGGCCCUGGAGGGCCAUCAGGAGCACCGGGCUGAAAUCUGCUUCUACCGAAAGGAUGGCUCGGCUUUUUGGUGCCUCUUGGACAUGAUGCCCAUUAAGAAUGAGAUGGGAGAAGUCGUGCUUUUCCUCUUUUCCUUCAAAGACAUCACUCAGAGUGGAGGCCCAGGACUUGGCUCCCCAGGAGGCCAUGGGGACAGUAAUCAUGAAAACUCCCUUAGCAGGAGGGGAGCCGGCUCGAGACUCCGAUCUGCCAGGAGGCAGAGCCGUACUGUCCUACACCGGCUGACUGGCCACUUUGGCCGCCGGCGCCAAGGAGGCAUGAAAACCAAUAAUAACGUGUUUGAGCCAAAGCCAUCAGUGCCCGAGUACAAGGUGGCCUCCGUGGGGGGGUCCCGCUGCCUCCUCCUCCACUACAGCGUCCCCAAGGCCGUGUGGGACGGCCUCAUCCUCCUCGCCACCUUCUACGUUGCGGUCACCGUCCCCUACAAUGUCUGCUUCCUGGGCGAUGAUGACACCCCCAUCACUUCCCGACACACCCUUGUCAGCGACAUUGCCGUGGAGAUGCUCUUCAUCCUGGAUAUCAUCCUGAACUUCCGCACCACCUAUGUGUCCCAGUCCGGCCAGGUGGUCUCUGCUCCUCGUUCCAUUGGCCUUCACUACCUGGCCACCUGGUUCUUUGUUGACCUUAUUGCUGCUCUGCCGUUUGACCUGCUUUAUGUCUUCAACAUCACCGUGACUUCCCUGGUGCACCUGCUGAAGACCGUGCGGCUGCUGCGGCUGCUGCGGCUGCUGCAGAAGCUGGAGCGCUACUCACAGUGCAGCGCUGUGGUGCUCACGCUGCUCAUGUCCGUCUUCGCACUCCUCGCCCACUGGAUGGCCUGUGUCUGGUACGUCAUCGGCCGCCGGGAGAUGGAGGCCAAUGACCCGCUGCUCUGGGACAUCGGCUGGUUGCAUGAGCUGGGCAAGCGGCUGGAGGAGCCCUACGUCAAUGGCUCGGCGGGCGGCCCGUCGCGACGCAGCGCCUACAUCGCUGCCCUCUACUUCACGCUGAGCAGCCUCACCAGCGUGGGCUUCGGCAACGUGUGUGCCAACACCGACGCGGAGAAGAUCUUCUCCAUCUGCACCAUGCUCAUAGGCGCGCUGAUGCACGCCGUGGUGUUCGGCAACGUGACGGCCAUCAUCCAGCGCAUGUACUCGCGCCGCUCGCUCUACCACAGCCGCAUGAAGGACCUCAAGGACUUCAUCCGCGUGCACCGCCUGCCGCGGCCGCUCAAGCAGCGCAUGCUCGAAUCCUUCCAGACCACGUGGGCCGUCAACAGCGGCAUCGACGCCAACGAGUUACUGCGUGACUUCCCAGACGAGCUGAGAGCUGACAUCGCUAUGCACCUGAAUCGGGAGAUCCUGCAGCUGCCGCUGUUUGGAGCGGCGAGCAGGGGCUGCCUGCGGGCCCUCUCCCUGCACAUCAAGACCUCGUUCUGCGCUCCAGGCGAGUACCUGUUGCGCCGUGGGGAUGCCCUGCAGGCACACUACUACGUCUGCUCCGGCUCGCUUGAGGUGCUUCGAGACAACAUGGUGCUGGCCAUCCUGGGGAAGGGGGACCUGAUUGGGGCAGAUAUCCCUGAGCCGGGGCAGGAGCCUGGGUCCGGGGCAGGCCCAAGCUGCGUGCUGAAGACCAGCGCUGACGUGAAGGCACUGACCUACUGUGGCCUGCAGCAGCUGAGCAGCCGAGGGCUGGCUGAGGUCCUGAGGCUCUAUCCUGAGUACGGGGCUGCCUUCCGGGCUGGCCUGCCCCGGGACCUCACCUUCAACCUGCGCCAGGGCUCUGACACCAAUGGCCUCAGCCGCUUUUCCCGGUCUCCUCGCCUUUCCCAGCCCCGCUCGGAAAGCCUCGGCUCCUCCUCAGACAAGACCCUGCCAUCCAUCACAGAGGCUGAGACUGGGGUGGAGUCUGGGGGUGGUUCUAGGCCCCGCCGGCCCCUCCUGCUGCCCAACCUCAGCCCAGCACGACCCCGGGGCUCCCUGGUCAGCCUCUUGGGCGAGGAGCUGCCCCCAUUCUCAGCCCUUGUCUCCUCCCCUUCCCUGUCCCCAACCCCUUCCCCUGCCUUGGCUGGCCGGGGUCACAGCCCCUCCCCUCAUGGCCCCCCCAGGGGCUCUGCUGCCUGGAAGCUCCCCCAGCUUCUCAUUCCCCCACUGGGAACCUUUGGACCUCCGGACCUCAGUCCCCGGAUAGUGGAUGGCAUCGAGGACUCUGGCAGCACAGCGGAGGCCCCUACAUUUCGAUUCAGCAGGAGGCCUGAGCACCCUAGGCCCUGCUCACAGGCCCCUCCUUCAGGGACCAGGCCCAGCCAGGAACUGGCCACGGAGGCUGAGGAGAUGAAGGAAAAGGUCUGCAGGCUGAACCAGGAGAUCUCCCGUCUCAAUCAGGAAGUGUCUCAGCUGAGCCGGGAGCUUCGACAUAUCAUGGGCCUGCUACAGGCCAGGCUGGGUCCCCCGGGCCACGCAGUAGCCUCAGCUCGGCCCCCAGAGCCUCCUGGUCCCCAGCUGAGGCCUCCAUGCAUCUCUCCCUGUCUAUCUGGACCACUGCCCAGCCUCCAGGAUACUACUCUCGCUGAGGUCCACUGCCCGGCCAGUGUGGGGACAGCAGAGAUGGGGGCCACACCCCCCAACCUGAGACCCUCCGUGCUAUCCCCCUAUUCCUCAGAGCCUGAGUCUCUGGGACCCUCCCCAGUGCCAGAGGCCUCACCUCCAACCCCAAGCCUCAUGCGGCAGAGCUUUCGGUCCAGGCCAGACACGUUCCACUGA